AUGGCCGGCCGCCCGCGCCCGCAGACGGAGCUGCACUCGCCGUCCGCCUCCACGCGGCGGCGCGAGCGGUGGCUGGUCGUACUCGGCGUCGCGCUCCACGCCGUGUACAUGCUCAGCAUCUUCGACAUCUACUUCAAGUCCCCCAUCGUGCAUGGCAUGGAUCCCGUGCCGCCCCGCCUCUCGGCGGCCCCCGCCAAGCGCCUCGUCCUCCUCGUCGCGGACGGGCUCAGGGCGGACAAGUUCUUCGAGCCGGACGAGCGGGGGAGAUACAGAGCGCCGUUCCUGCGCGGCGUGAUCGAGGAUAAGGGAAGGUGGGGAGUCAGCCACGCGCGCCCGCCCACCGAGUCUAGGCCCGGCCAUGUCUCCCUCAUCGCUGGCUUCUAUGAGGACCCCAGUGCUGUCACCAAAGGAUGGAAGGCCAAUCCAGUUGAGUUUGAUUCUGUAUUCAAUCAGAGUCGGCACACUAUCUCAUUUGGAAGUCCAGAUAUUGUUCCUAUAUUCUGCAGCAACCUACCUCACAGUACCUGGGGCACUUAUCCCCAUGAAUAUGAAGACUUUGCAACAGAUGCAUCAUUUCUGGAUCAUUGGUCAUUUGACCAGUUUCAAGGUCUUAUCAACAGGUCUUUUGACGAUGUUAAAUUGAGGCAGUUACUCCUACAAGAUAAGUUGGUUAUAUUUCUGCACUUGCUGGGUUGUGAUACCAAUGGCCAUGCACACCGACCCUAUUCAAGCAUCUAUCUGAACAAUGUCAAGGUUGUUGAUCAAAUAGCUGAAAGUAUGUACAAUCUCAUGGAGAACUACUUCAAUGAUAAUCAAACAGCAUAUGUGUUUACUGCAGAUCAUGGAAUGAGUGACAAAGGAAGCCAUGGAGACGGACAUCCUUCAAAUACAGAUACUCCUCUUGUAGCAUGGGGUGCUGGAAUUAGAAGCCCAAAGUUCCUGGAUUAUACAGAGAAACCUGAUGAUGGCUUUCGGUUUGUAGAUGACCACAAACAUGAUACACCCACUCCAAAAGACUGGGCCCUUGAGGGCUUUGAAAGAGUAGAUGUCAACCAGGCUGACAUAGCUCCCCUAAUGGCUACACUUGUGGGUUUGCCAUGCCCGAUGAAUUCUGUGGGGAGCUUACCUACUCCUUAUUUGAAACUAAGCAAGGCUGAUGAAGUUGAAGCUGUUCUGGCCAAUACAAAGCAAAUUCUUAACCAGUUUCUCCGAAAGUCACAGCUGAAGGAAUCCAGUUCACUCUACUUCAAACAUUUUAAGCCACUGGCAAACUUUUCUUUAGUGCUCAGUCAGAUUGAGGAUCUUAUAUCUGGAAGGGACUAUGAAACUGCCAUGGAGCAAUCUGAGGAGCUCCGAAGGCUGGCUCUUGCUGGUCUUCAUUAUUUCCAAACAUAUGAUUGGUUCAUGUUAAUGACUACAAUUACCCUUGGAUAUAUUGGAUGGAUGGUGAACCUCAUUAUACAUGUGUUACAGUCUUAUACAUCAUUUCCUGCAAUUCUUCUCAAGAGGGCUCAAUUGUAUCCUAAGAAUACAUCCAUGAAAGUUUACAUUGGUGGAUGCCUCUUUAUGGGUUUGUCAUCCAUUAUACUACUUCUAGAGAAAUCACCACUUCUGUACCAUGCUUAUGUAUUUAUGACAAUAUUCCUUUGGACAAGAAUUGUACAAAACUUUGAAUUUUUGAAGGCUGUAUGGAGAGAACUAGCUAAUAUGCCCUUCAAGUACAUUUUUAAUCUCCUGACCAAUUCAGUUGUUGCACUGCUUGUAUUGGAGUUUCUGGUUAUGAGCUUCUUUGAUAGGAAAAUUUAUACGUGGUGCUUCUUGGUCCUUGGGAUACUCGGUUCAACUUAUGUAGCCUUGUUUAUUCAAGCUAGCCCUGCACUCGCAAUAUACAUAUGGCUUGCUUGCUGGUUCCUGUCUGUAUUCACUUUGAUGCCAGCUGAAAUUCCAGAAAACAACAACUUGGUAAUUUUUAGUGGAGGGCUCAUAAUACUUAUUGGAUUAGCUUCAAGAUGGAUUAAAUCAAAUAGUUCCAGCUUUUGGCUAUAUCUCACUCGAGCAAAUAAACGGGAUCCUCAAUCCUUUAAACUGUAUUUUGUUCAGGUAAUUUUAGUUGCAAUAUCUUCUAUAAUGGUGUGGCUAUCUACCUCACAUCGGUCCCAGAACAGAGAAUUGCACUCACUGCACCAGUUGAUCAAUUGGUCUGUAGCUGGUGUUGCUAUGGUGCUACCUCUUUUCUCACCACCUAGUGUUCUAUCCCGUCUUACAUCUAUAUUCUUGGGUUUUGCUCCUCCAUUUCUGCUGCUUUCUAUUGGCUAUGAAGCAGUUUUCUAUAGCGCUUUUGCAAUGGUACUCAUUGGAUGGAUAUUUGUGGAAUCUGCCAACCUGUAUUGCUCAGAAGAAAGUGGUUCUGCACGUUGCAGAAGCCUUGCGGAUGACUCAGUUUUUGGUUAUGAAGAAAGACACCUACGACUAUCUGAUUUAAGAAUCCCUCUGUUAUUUGUGAUCUUAUUUAAUGUUGCCUUCUUUGGUACUGGUAAUUUUGCAAGUAUUGCAAGCUUUGAGAUCUCGUCUGUGUACAGGUUCAUUACAGUAUUUAGUCCAUUUCUUAUGGCAGGACUUCUUAUCUUUAAGUUGUUCAUUCCGUUCAUGCUUGUCAUAUGUACGUUUAGUGCGAUUACCAAGGUUGUCCGCAUCCCACGGCUGGGCUGUUAUUUUCUUGUAAUACUGCUUUCAGAUGUAAUGACUAUUCAUUUCUUUUUCCUGGUACGGAAUACCGGUAGUUGGAUGGAGAUUGGCAACAGCAUUAGCCAUUUCGGAAUAGUGAGCGCCCAAGUGGUCUUCGUUUUGCUGCUUUUUGCCCUCACAAAUAUAUACACAAGAGAUAUUUUGGUCUCGUCUCGGCAACUAACCGCGCGGAAAGUUAUGUAG